UUCCGUGUUUUUUGUUUGAUAGGUUGUUUUCAUUCUUUGUUUUGAUUGUAUCUCAACCGAAUUUUAACCGCAAUAGUAGUUACAGUAUAAUUACCACUGUCUGAAAUAAUAAUUUAUUAACCUGUUAGUCCGGGCAGUAUUCGCUGUUGGCUGUGUUUGGAAACGUACCGAGCUUCCUAACUAGACGGCAUUUUUAGUCGGUCACGUAAGCGGAAAACUACUGUCUUACUAGGCAGCUCACUUGGUUUUGAGACACAGCUGAUCUUAUUUGAUUUGGCACAAUUACUGCAGUCUUUGAUUGAUACAAAUAACAUACCAUCGUUCACGUCUUUCUUGUUUUGAUUUUUACGUUUCAUAGAACAAAAUGACUCUAGAGGUUGAGAGAAAAUUCGUUUGUGAUCCAGAAAUUAUGAGGAAACUACAUGAUAUUGGAGCUAAAUGCAUUGGUCAGCGGCAGUUUCGAGACCUGUACUUUGACUCCCCAGAUUUCAUCCUCACGUUAAAAGAUUUUUGGUUGAGAUGCCGAGAAGGACUGUGGGAGCUGAAAUGCCCUGCAGUUUCAGGAACUACACCUGACAAUGACACUGAGACCCUUUGUACACGAUACAGAGAGAUAACCAGUUUCCCUCUGAUUCAAUCAGAAGUCAGCAGGAUUAUCAGGGAACACACGGCUGAAGGGAGUGAAUCAAACUCCUCACAAAAGGAACAAAUUGACAAAGUCGCAGAAAAUGAGAACGCAGAGGUCUGUUCAGCAGAUGACACAAAGUGGCUGAAUGACCUCAAUCUCGUCUGUUUUGCCGAGUUCAAGACCGAGCGCUGCUCUUACAUGCUAGAGAGAGAGACCGGUGCAGUGCGGGUGGAUCUGGACCAGGCUGAUUUCGGAUAUUGUGUGGGAGAAAUUGAGGUUCUGGUGUCUGAAGGAAGUGACAUGAAUGCAGCUCUGCAGAGGAUUACAAAUAUUGCUGCAGAACUGGGUUUAAGCUGUGAGAAGAAAGUACAGGGGAAAAUGCAUGUUUACCUUCAAAAAUAUCGACCUGAACACUAUGCAAAGCUUCUUAGUGCUUAUAUUUUAUGAAAAAUCUCUUUGUAGAUUUAAAAUUCUGUUUCAUUUAUGAUUCACCUUUAAUGCUCAUAUUUUAAUGAGAAAAUAAGCACUGAUAAUGUAUAGUGUAUUAUUAUAAAUAACAAAUAUUAACUUGAAGUGUUUAAGUGAGGUAAAGAUUAAUACAGAAAAUACAGUACCAAAUGAAAAAAUGAUUAUAUAGCCUAUAAUGGCAGCUUGGGUCAUUUAAUCAGAUAUCUGAUUAAAAAAAAUUAAUAC